CUCUCACGUUCCUCGUCACAUUUACACACAACAAAAAAAUUCAGAUAAAAUCCGAGAUCGAUCGAGAAUUGGAAACCCCAAAGCCGAAAUAAAAACCCUAAUUUGCUAUCCCUCUUCUUCUUCACUGAAAAAAUCCCAAAUCUGAUAAUUUUUUGGACGGUACGACGGCGUUUAAGGAUGAUUGUGACCCCGGAAUCGGUUCUGAGUUGCACAGAGACGAUUAAUAAUGCUGGAAUGGAGUCUUCUGCGGUCAACUUUGUGCCAAACAUUCAUUCAGGAAGCCAUAGUGACAUUGGACCAAGGGAUUCCAUGGAUGACGAGCACGUUCGGAUUGAUGAUCUAUCUGCCCAUGUUGGGGCUCUCUUCAAGUGUCCCUUUCCAAGUGCAUUUUAUGCGGUGUUUGAUGGUCACGGAGGGCCUGAGGCAGCUGCUUAUAUGAAGAGGCAUGCCAUGAGACUAUUCUUUGAAGAUGCUGAUUUACCGCAGAGAACGGAUAUGGAUGCUGUUUUUUUCAGAGAGUUGGAGAAUUCCCACAGGAAGGCAUUUCUACAGGCAGAUCAAGCCUUGGCUGAGGAACACAGUGUGAGAAGUUCGUGUGGAACAACAGCAUUGACUGCUCUUAUACUUGGAAGGCAUUUGUUGGUUGCAAAUGCUGGUGACUGUCGAGCGGUUCUUUGCAAGAAAGGAACAGCAGUUGACAUGUCUCAAGAUCAUAAACCUAGUUACUUGCCGGAACGCAUGCGAGUUGAGCAGUUGGGUGGUUUCGUUGAUGAUAAGUAUGACCGUCUUAAUGAUUCUAUCAGAGUCACCCGAGCCCUUGGAGAUUGGGGCUUGAAACCACUUGGUUCCUUGUCGCCGCUAAUUGCCGAGCCUGAUGUUCAGCAGGUUAUGUUAACAGAAGAUGAUGAGUUUUUGAUCAUUGGUUGUGAUGGGAUCUGGGAUGUCAUGUCAAGCGAAUAUGCUGUGAAGCUGGUUCGGCUUGGGCUGAGGAGGCACGAUGACCCCCAACAGUGUGCGAAAGAACUUGUCGAGGAAGCACUGCGCUUGAACACAUCAGACAACCUCACGGUUAUUGUCGUGCGCCUCUCUUCACCGGAACGUGUUGAGUUCCCUCGCCAGCGCCCGAGGUUGGGGACCUGCAGGCUCUCGGAGGAAGCACUCAGCCGGCUGAGAAGCUUGUUAAUGUAAAUAGAAGUCGAUUCCUAUUCACUGAGUCCAAAUGGGAGAUGCAUUUUUAUAUGUUUGUGGCUGCUUCAGAUUAGGUUUAGAACAAAGCACCCGGCAGUUUGGCUAGGAUAGAUUUACGACUUGAUUCUGUUGUUGAGGUUGUGGAAUGUAGCGGUCAAUCGGUAUUUACAUUUGAGCUCAGUGUUGUUUUAAAUGAAUUGGGUUAAACUGAUUCAUUUAUUUACAUUAAUCUUAAUUAUCUGAUUAUUUUAAAUAA